AGCUCAGUGCACUAUGAAUAUUAAUGUGUUGUAUUGCAAAACUCCCUCUUUAGUGAUGGCAAUCUAGUUGCUUUAAAACUGCCUACUCAAGUCAGACUUCUAACUCAAGAACUUUUAAACGUAGCAGUGUGAUGGACCUGCAACGCUUCAAAAAUAUUCUGAGAGGGAAAGAAACUUCCCUGCCUACAGAACCAUCAAAUACUGUCAGACUUUUCAUCAGUUCCACCUUUUCAGAUAUGGCAGAAGAACGUAAUGCACUUAUGGAAAUGGCUUAUCCAGACAUACAAGCCUUCUGCCAGCAACAUGGAUUGGGGUUUGAGGUCGUGGAUAUGCGGUGGGGAGUCCGAGAUUACGCUACUGUAGAUCACAUGACUACAGAGCUAUGCUUGAAAGAGAUUGAUUCCUGCCAAAAGACAUCAAUGGGACCAUCAUUUAUUGCUUUGGUUGGAAAUCGUUAUGGUUUUAGGCCCAUUCCAAGAGUUAUCAGUGAGGAGGAGUUCAACAUCCUGUUCAACAAAAUUCAGAGGAAUGAAUCUGAUGCUCAGCUGCUGACCAAGUGGUUUUGGAAAGACAUGAAUACAGUUCCUCCUACAUAUGUCCUGCAGCCAAUUACAACUCAUCUACCUCAUUACGCUGCUACGGAUCCCUCCUAUGCAGAACUUCAAGCCCAGGAAAACAAGGAAUGGAGAAAUACUGAGAAACAGUUAUCUAAAGCUCUACGCUUAGCUGCUAUGGAGGCACAGAUAGAAGGAUUUUUUACAUUAGAACAGAAACACAAGUAUUUUAAGUCAGUAACUGAAUCGGAGAUUGAAUGUGGCCUCUUAACCUGUGGUGCCAAUAAGGAAGGCUCUACAAUAUUUCUCCGGGAGGCAAAAGAUCUAAACCAGGGUCAAGAUAAAAGCUCUGGACUCUUGGAUGUCAGGGAAGAUGGAAGCAUAGACACAGAAGCACAAGACCUUUUACAAAAUCUUAAGAGCAGAAUAGUUAAUAAUUAUGAAGACUGUGUUAAAACAUAUGUAGUGGAAAUGAGUAAACAGAAGACCAAAACUGCAUAUCUUCAUGAACUCUGUGAUCAAGCUAUUUCUGUGGUCAACCACCAGAUACUGAGGUAUCUUCCAAGUGGAAAUACUGUCCAAUCACAGUCUGAGAAUGAGCAGCCUUGGUUGGGGUGGCUUAGACAAGAGAUCAUACAUCACCUGUCCUCGUCACAGAAGAAAUCCCAGGUAUUCUGUGGGCGUCAAGAUCUUCUGCAAAGGAUUAUGAGUUAUAUUCAAGAAAGAGACUCACAUGUUUAUCCACCUCUUAUCAUCUAUGGGGUAUCUGGUUCUGGAAAGACUGCCCUUAUGUGCAAAGCUUUUGAAAUACUGAAACAGACCGUUUCCAAGAAUGGAAACUCAAUUAUGGUGCUCCGGCUACUUGGCACAUCACCUCAAAGCUCAGAGAUCCAUGAUGUUCUAAAGAGUAUUUGUUACCAGUUGUGUAUAGCACUGGAACUUCAACCCCCUUCAUCCCAAAUUACCAAUAUCUACAAUGAGACUGUGAGGUUUUUCCAUCAGCUUCUUACCACUGUGUCAGAGAGGAAGGCAGAAAGCUUGGUGCUGUUUUUUGACUCUCUUGACCAACUCUCGCCAUCAGAAGGUGCCCAUCACCUUCACUGGUUGCCAAAGGAAUGUCCAGCAAAUGUCUAUAUUGUAGUAUCUACACUGCCUGAAGAAGGAGGAAUACUUAAGACUCUACAGGACUCAGUCACUGAGCCAGAAUCUUACAUUGAGGUAAAGCCACUGUCUGCUGAGCAAGGAAGUCAGAUGAUUGAGAUGCUCAUGGCUUCAGCUGGGCGUAGGCUAACCACUGACCAGCAUGAAGUUGUUUUGGGCAGCUUUAGGAAAUGUGGGCAACCAUUACUCCUUAAACUGGCAUUUGAUGAAGCCAAAAGAUGGUCAUCUUAUACACCAAUUACAGAACUCAGGAUCGCCACAAGCACAAAAGAUGCAGUGAGCCUCCUUUACCAAUGCUUGGAACAGCUGCAUGGAAAACUACUGGUGACCCAUGCUCUAGGGUACAUAGUGGCAUCCAGGAAUGGAUUGUCAGAGGCAGAGCUAAAGGAUAUACUGUCUUUGGAUGAUGAGGUUCUCGCUGAUAUUUACCAGUACUGGGCACCCCCAAGCAAUGAUUUAAUACGGUUUCCAACACUCCCAUGGACCCGUCUACGGUAUGAUUUGGAGGGGUAUUUAGUGGAAAGGCAAGCUGAUGGAAGCACUGUCCUGGGACUCUACCACAGGCAGUUUAUUGAAGUGGCUCAAGAGACCUACCUGACCAAAGCAGAGAAGAGCAAUAGACAUGGCAUAUUGGCAGAUUACUUUAUGGGAAAGUGGAGCAUGGGCACUAAGCGUCCAAUUCUCUUACCACUAAUCAAUAAGUCCUUAAGUGCAGAUAGAAAGGUAGCCUCACAGCCGCUGUGGUUUUCAGAUAACAUGCCAAAUCGGAGAAAAAUGAGUGAACUUCCUUACCACUUGCUGAAUGCAGGACGCAUUGAUGAACUACAGAGGGAAAUUUUAGGUAACAUGGACUGGAUAUCUAGCAAAAUUGUCUCCUGUGGGAUUCAAAGUGUGAUCAAAGAUUUUGAAAUGAGUGUGGAAUUCAUAAGUAGCAGGGAAAUAAUCCUUGUGCGGGACUCACUAAGGCUCUUCCAACCCACUAUUAACUUUAUUGAAGGUGAUAUCGAUCCCGUCAUCAUAUUCACUGAGAUUUUAGCAAGGCUGCACUUCUUCCAGUUGUCGUAUCCUCUGAUUGAUGAUUUGUGUCAGCAGUGCGCUGGCUGGCUUCACCAAUAUCCUCAUCCAACCUUUAUUCCUACAUGCGGUUUCUUUCAACCUCCUGGUGGACCUCUGCAAACCACUGUCACAGGUUUUAAGAAAGGUGUCACUGUUAUGGAGCUUUGCCCCAACCAUGAUCUUCUUGUGGUGGGAUCUGAAGAUGGAACUAUGAUUGUAUGGAACAUAAAAGAUUUUGAAGUCAUUCAUACUUUGACAGGCCACACAGGUGGGAUACGGUGUGUUAAAAUGUUUGAGCAGGGAACCAGAGCUGUUUCUGGCUCGUUAGAUAACACUUUACUAUUGUGGAACUUAGUGACUGGUAAGCAAUGUCUGUGCAUUCAUGAAGACCAUGCAACAUAUGAGAAUGCUUAUCUGCAUGUGGAUGAGAAGAACAGUAUCAUAUACUCAGCAGCAGGUUCCCAGGUCUGUGCUUGGAAAAUAGAGUCAGGAGUUCCUCUAUUAAGUCUUUCACCCGGUGUUCCUGAUUUCCCGUUGCAAGCUGCAGUGUUCUGUGCUCAUCAACUGCUUAUUACUGUGACAGAGGGUGGAACAGUGCAUAUUUGGGACAGUGUCACAGGAGACCUAAAGGGCUCAAGGCAGCUUCCUGGAGUGGAAGGAGAGGAUGCAAAUCCAGUGUGCAGUUGCUUCAUUCCCAGACACGGGAAGAUGGUGGUUGGAUUCAAAAAUGGCUUCUUAGCAAUGAUUUAUUCAGGUGGAGGUGUCUCAACUGAGAAAAUGGCAAGUCCAGUGAUGUUUGUGGUGUUAUCAGAAGAUGAGUCCCUCUUUGCUGCUGGAUUCGGAAAGCAGGUCCAGAUUUUUUGGGCUGAUUCAAACACACUUAGGACAUUCCUAGAUUCACCUCUGGAACAUGAGGAUCUUGUGAAAUCUGCAGUAAUCAACAAUGGGAAAAACAUUAUAGUAACUGGAUCACAAGAUGAAACCAUCAGGAUAUGGAGCCUGUCUAACAGAGGUACUCUGCUGGAUUCUUUCUAUGGCAUGGGUGUAUCUGUCACUUCAUUGGCACUACAUAGUGGGACAUUAAUAUCUUCUUCACAGAAUGCCUACUAUUUAAAGUUUUGGACCCUGGAUUAUGAUCAGCAGCACAAGACACUUACUCCUUUUCAAGAACGCAGUGGCUGUGUUGCUCUCUCUGAUGCAGGAAACAUGGUUUAUUUUCCCAAGACUGGUGACAAGCACAAAAUUGUUGUAUGGGACUCUAGGCAAGGUAGAAUGGCUGAUAUGCUGGAGGCCUCUGCAGAUGUGAAGUGUUUGGAAGUGGCAGAGAACAACAGAAUUUUGUUUGUUGGGCUCACUUCAGGAACAGUCCUGGCAUUCCCUCUGGAUCAAAAACUGGAUGUUGCAUGCAUUCCACCCCCUGGAGACAACAUGGAGGUGGUCUGUCUUUCACUGAGCAAGCAGGAAACCCGACUAGCUGUGGCAUACCACAAUGUCAUACUUCUCUAUAAUGUUACCAAGAAUGACACACUUCCAGUGCUGGACGGUCCCAUCCACUCAGUCCAUCCAGACAGCACAAGUUCUGUUUGUAAAACAGCUGUCCUAGAGGACCAGAGACUUCUGUAUGGGAUGGCCAGCGGAGAGCUGUGUCUUUUUAACUUUGAAAAAGAAAAGACUUACCAGCUGGAGCCACAUGAGAGCUGCAUCACAUGCUUGGAGACCAGCAACAGCGAGACUCUUGCAUUAAGUGGCUGUGGGGACUCUGUGCAACGACUCUGGAACAUUGACAGUGGCCAGUGGGUGCAUGAGAUGUGCUACAAGGGAUUCUUCUUCCAAGGUGUAGACUGUGCCUGCUUCUCCAAAGAUGAUCGCUUUAUUUUUACUGGAUCCCAAGACCGAGCCAUUAAAGCAUGGGAUGUUUCAAGUGGUUCACUGCUAGCAGUACAGUAUGUAUAUGCAUCAGUCACCCGGCUACUCCCAACAGAAGAGGGAUUCGUUGGUACUACAAAAUUGGGAUACGUUAUACAGCAAAUGUUUCAGUGUCCAGAAAAAGUCAGUCCCCAGCAUAAUGCACUGAAGAACAUUAAGGCUACUUGCACAGUGAAAUCUAAGACCACUUUGCAUAACAAUGAAAAAUCUGGCAAAGCCACAGCAAAGACAGGGAACCCUUGGUGGAGGUGCAAGGAACAGAAAAAGAAAACUUCCCAAGUAUGCCACAUUGUUUAACUGGGGAUAAACUAUGUACUGUUGGUGGCCAACAUGGAAAACUGAGCUGAAAAGACAAAUUUAACCUAAAGGAUGUUUAUGGCUAAACAACAAAAGUGUCAGAAAAAUUAUGUUUUGAAAAGUAAUCUUCAGCAAUUAUACUAAGCUCAAUUAUGCUUUCCAUUGGUUAUGAUCCUUACCUAUUGACUGGGUGGUUCCAUACAUGACCUGCACACAAACUCUUUUUAUAAUUAUGUAAUCAAUAUUUCUGUGCGCCAAUUUAAGGUUUCUGUGUUGAAAUAGAGUGUGUUAUAUUGAGGGCUGGAGAAUCUUUUGUAAAUAAAGUGUUAUGUAUUUUGUAUGUUUUCUAUGUAGCUAUAGAAAGUUUUUGUAAAUUAAAAUUUUGCCUUUGCUAUAAAUUGAUUUUUUAUG